AUGACGGUGAGAUAUAAUUUCAGAAAGGAUGCACUCAGACAAUGUCGUGAGAAUAUCAAACAUUUACAGUCGUUAGACUACAAAGGUAGCGAUGUUACUUUACACUUCCAGCUGGACUCUGCAAACUACCCUGAUCCGGACCCUCAAGCAAAGAUAUUCUUUUUUGAUAUAGAUAAUACCUUAUAUAGUGGGAGUAGUGGUAUUGCACAACAGAUGCAAUGGCGAAUAUUCAAUUAUAUCGUACAUGAGGUCGGUGUAAGAUCCCAUGAAGAGGCAAGGAAGUUGAUGAAUGAGUAUUAUGAAAGGUACGGCCUGUGUCUAUUCGGUUUAAUUAAUGAGUAUAAUGUGAACCCAGCAGACUACAAUACGUUGGUGGACGAUGCGUUGGACUUGGACGGGUUAUUGAAGCCAAACUGGCAGCUACGUCAAGCUCUGAUCGACUUGAAGUUCAGCGGAAAGUUUGACAAGUUGUGGUUGUUCACAAAUGCUUACAAGAAUCAUGCCCUACGGUGUAUUAAACUGCUUGGAAUUGCGGACCUUUUCGAUGGUAUAACGUAUUGUAACUAUAUGCAGAGAGAGGAUCUCGUUUGCAAACCGGAUCUAAGGUAUUACGAGCAGGCGAAAUUGGAAUCCGGUCUUGGGUGUUGGACCAAUGCUACUUUCGUAGAUGACAGCUUGGUAAAUUUACAAGCUGCUAAACAUUUGGGAAUGCAGCAACUUUUCCACGUUUCUGAAGAGUCAGAGUCGUAUAAGAAGGUGGAAGACAGGAUAAUGUCCGUGAACUCUGUGACUGAACUAGCCAAAUUACUGAAGUGA